GUUUGAUUGUGGAAAAAGGAGAGAAAGAUCAAAUUUUUAUUCAAAACCAAAUUGAAAAAAGGGUAAAUAAAGUGAGCAUAAUUUUUCAACCAAACCUGUGCGUUUGGGUGGACCUUUACGCUAACCCCGAAUUGGGGCGUUAUCACCCUUAACAGCCCACCGCAGCCAUCACCCCCAUCAUCCAAUUUCUCAUUUUUAGCCAUAAUCAUCAUCAUAAGAUUCCUGCUCCACUUUCUUCCUCCUCCUCCUUCCACCCUUUUCCUUCCCCACCACCACCGCAUUUUCUUUCCUCUCCUCCCAUUAUAAUACGCAUGCAAUACCACCAUGCUACCAUUUCUAUCCCCUUCUUUCCUAUCAAAUACCUAAUUUUUCAUCCCGAAAACAACCAACUCAUUAGUUUUUCUGAAUCAAAUAUUUCUUGCACAUAGAUAAGUUCCUGUAGUUAUUCUUUUUUGAUUGUAUUGUGAUAGCUCAAAACUCAAAAGGUUCAAUUUUGAUUUUUUUUUUUUAUAAAAAUUUGUUUUUGUCAAUUCAAUUAAAGGUUUCUCUUUGAUUGAAUUCCUAUUUUCACCCCCUUUUCUGGACAUUUUGUUUCUUGGUUUUCGAAUUCCGUUUGCUUAUAUAGUAUGGGUAAUAUCGGAAGUACCGGUGCUAAUAAUCGAAGGAGGAGCGGCAGCCGGAGGAGCCACCCUCCACCGCCACCGCCUCAGCCUCCUCAACCGGAGAUCGCCGCCAACAGAUAUGUUUUUGCCGCCGCUACUCCCUACCCUCCUCAGUAUCCGAACCCUAAUGCCCCUUCCUAUUAUCAAUAUCCCGGUUACUAUCCCGGACCGCCACAGGCCAUGCCGGUGCCGUUACCCGCUCCUUAUGAUCAUCACCACCGUAUGGACCCUGCCGCUGCUCAUGCCGGUUGGGUUAAUGGGCGUUACCCCUGUGGGCCCAUGAUGCCCCCGCCCGCACCUUAUGUCGAGCAUCAGAAGGCGGUUACUAUCAGGAACGAUGUUAAUCUUAAAAAAGAGACUUUGCGGAUUGAGCCCGAUGAGGAUAACCCCGGGAAGUUCCUUGUCGCGUUCACGUUUGAUGCCACAGUAGCUGGGAGCAUCACUAUCAUGUUCUUUGCAAAAGAAGGCGAAGACUGUUGCCUUACUCCAACAAAAGAAAGUUUGCUUCCGCCGGUAACAGUGGAGUUCCCACAAGGCUUGGGUCAAAAGUUUAAACAACCCUCUGGAACUGGAAUAGAUUUCUCGAUGUUUGAGGAAGCAGUUUUGUCGAAGGAAGGUGAGAUUGAUGUUUAUCCCCUAGCAGUUAAAGCAGAGGCGUCAUUACAAAAUCAUAACACCCCAACUGAAGGAAGCACCACGGCAGAGCCUGGAUCCUCAAACUCUCAGAUAACCCAGGCAGUGUUUGAGAAGGAGAAAGGUGAAUAUCACGUGAGGGUUGUGAAGCAAAUACUGUGGGUGAAUGGGAUGAGAUAUGAAUUACAGGAAAUAUAUGGGAUUGGAAAUUCAGUUGAAAGUGACUUUGAUGGAAACGAUCCAGGAAAAGAAUGUGUAAUAUGCCUAUCAGAACCGCGAGACACUACAGUCCUUCCAUGUCGACACAUGUGUAUGUGCAGCGGUUGCGCAAAAGUAUUGAGGUUCCAAACGAAUAGGUGCCCCAUUUGCAGACAACCGGUUGAGCGGCUUCUUGAGAUCAAAGUUAGCAAUGGAGCCGAGGAAGAAUCUUAGGAUAAAAAGCCCAAAAGCAUGCCCAUCAUGUAAAUUUUUAUUUUACCAUUUCUUUCCUCUCUUUGUCUGCCCUUUUUGACAUUUGGGGUUGUGCCCACACUUGUGUUACCCUCAUUGUAAUGAGACAGGAAAUACGAACUAGCUCAAAAUGCACCAAGAAAGCUGUAAGUGAAUUGGCUUCAAUGCCAACAAGGUGGGUGCUGCUGGUUAUAGCUAAAAAUUUCCUACAACUGUCUGUUCAACAUAUAUGUAUAGAGAGCAUCAUAUAUUGUUUGUUUGCUGGGGCUUUUUCGUGUAUAAGGCCGACUUUUUUGUGUGUAUUUUUUGGUGGUUUGUGCUCCCUAUUGUCUUUUUAUCCGCUCGAGGAGAACUCAUAAUAGUAGUCUGUCUUACCAAACCAAAAACUUGGCUGGCUUUAGGUAGUGUGAAAAGCUGCUUAGUGCAUUAUUCUCAAUCUGCGAAGCUUUUGGGCCCGCGGUAAUGGAAAUGAGGCCCCAAUUAGAUGAAGGUAAUGUUUGUGGGUUUAGACUUUAGAUGCUUAUGAUUGUUUCGAUUUGCCACUAUCAAUGGAAAAGCUUUGCUAUCUCACAAUUCAAGGACCACUUCGGGGACUUGCGCAUGUUACUCGUCGGACUUUUCUCGCUUCGGGCAUGUGGGAUGGUUUUACUCUCGAAUUUCCGCUCAUGAAGGAAAGAUCGUAAUAAAAUCUUUUGGGGGCGGCGAUAUCAAAAUAUAGUUCCGGUCCCGGCUAUAUAUAGUUCUGGUUCCGGCCACGGCUAUAUACUUUUAUACGUAUCCCUACUCUGUAAGGCGGUGGUGUCGAUCUCGUAAGUAGAAGUACCCUUCACGCAAAAGUUGUAAUGUGAUUCUUCAUACAACGAAUUUAUCGUCACAUCAAUCAUUAGGUGAACUACACUCGACUGGAAAAUCAUUAGUAUUUGUUUCUGUCUUAUUAUUUGAUCAUCAAAGAGUUAUGAAUGAUCCAUUUCCUUUAACCUGAGGCUAGUUGUGAUCUAGAGUAGUUUGGAACCAUGUUUUGACAUUUUCCCGGAAUUAAAAUGAUCCAAAUGGGGCAUCCAAUUGUACGAAAUAUUGAUUGUAUCCUUGUCAUCAUCCAAUAUGUCACUGUCCUAAAAUGUCAAAAAUCUGAUAUACAGAGU